AUGGAUUGGUUACACAAACUUCUUUUCUGUGCCUUUCUUAUUUUUGCAACAGCUGUUGGUGGAACUCUAGCAGAUGUCACAGUGACUGGUACUGUCUUUUGUGACCAAUGCAAGGAUGGCCAAAUAUCUCUCUUUGACUAUCCCAUUUAUGGAAUCAAAGUUACAAUGGCCUGUGCUGAUGGUAAUAGUCAAAUCACAACGUCAAGGGAAGAGACUACAAAUUGGUUUGGAAACUAUAUAAUGAGGUUUGAUGGCAGCCCAGAUUUGAGCAAUUGUUAUGCUCAGGUGUCAAGCAGUGGUCAGGGUUCAAAUGGCUGUGGUGUAUCAGCUGGUCCUGCCCAAAAGCUUAGACUAACGUUCAGGAUGUUUGAUACGGAGUUUUACUCGGUGGAUACUUUGCUCACUGAGCCUGCUGAACCCAUGUCUUUUUGUCCAAGGUCUGCAAACCCCGUGCCUACACCUGUAACGCCUGUAAUGCCUCCAGCACCCAUAACUCCUACAACACCUCCUCCAGCUUUCAGGCUUCCUCCAAUGCCUCGAUUGCCUCCACUGCCUCCCUUGCCUCCCAUGCCACCAGCUCCAUUCCUAGAAGCAUCAGCAUGUCCACACCAGAACUGGACUAUGCCAGAGUACAAAUGCUACUGGAGGGCAGUGAACCCUGACAUGAAGGUAGGUGUUGUUUUCGGGUUGCUUGCGACUCGAAGAUAUGGUACAGAUAUGACAUUAUGGCAAGGUCUGCAAGGGAGAGGUGACCCUUAUAGGACUCUUCUGAGAGAAGGAACAACCGCCCUCCUGAACUCUUAUAACAGUAUAGAGUUCCCUUAUAAUGCAAUAAGUGUUGUCACACGCAUGAAUUGGGCCUUAAUGGGUUCCCAAAGAAGUGUCCUCCUAACAGCUCUGAGAUUCAUGAGGGCUAAUUCUGGUUAUGGUGGCAGAGUCGCCUGCAAAUUCACUACUUGCAAAUGA